GGUAGGUAUCCUUUUGGCUCCUGCGUCUCAGAUUCUAUACACAUAAAUGCUUCCAUGUUUGUGUUCGAUUGGUGGGUUCAUCGUUUUUUAGCAUGUACACCUUAUCUCUCGACGUGGGUAGUCUCUAUCUUUGAGAAACACGGUUUCUCAGGCGGGAUGUUUUGGCCUCUGCGAUCUCAAAACUGAGGUGCCCAGUGGAUAUUCCGUGACGUCCGGACGCAUAGAUGUUACCUUUUUGGCUUUUUGGAUUUGCGUGCUCAUAAACAUCAGUUGUCUGGUGGCCUGCAAGUUUAGGUAUAGGCUUAAGAGAACCACUCGUCCGUUGUUGCCAGAAGCAGAUGAUAUAUGGAAGGUUUGAACUUUGAAGUAACUGGUUGUUGUCAUCGGUAACUUCAUAUUCUUGUAUGCUAUGAACUCACUGGAAAUGUCAAAGGAGGCAAUUAACUGAGUUAGGAGUCUGGAGGGCACUCGUUUAGUAUAUUUUUUCUCCGUGUCUGUUUGGUUCUCCUAGUGAUCUUGAAGAGCGAGAUAAACUUGUUUGCUGUAUACUUUGGUGGAUUUAUAAGGCUAUUCGAUCGCUCGAUCAUAACGUUUUCCAUUGUGCUCUCAGUCUUCCACAUAUGUGUGAAUGGUUGGCAUGGUGAAAGAUAGCAGGAUAGGAGUCAGGGGAGAUUGCUGAUGUUCAUAUAUUUUUGAAACAUUGGAAUGUUUAGAAGUGACUGCUGCAGUAAUUGGUUCUUUCUUUUGUCCUCCGUGAACUUUAGGCGGAGUUUGCUAUGAGAUGACUUUGGGAUUCAGAAGUUUCGGACAAGAAAGAUUCCGUUUUUGUAUUGGGAUUGUGAUGUUUGGGGAUCCUUUUUCACGAGGAUAGCCAUUCUUCAGUUGCUCAUUUCAGGGGAAGGGAUGUACAUGACCCUCAUUGAUGACAUUGACGAGAACUAUUUGCUAUAGACUCGACACAAUGUAGAAAUAUAAAGUGCUCGGGUCUGAAUGUGUUGAUACGUUGAAGUUGGUUUCAUCUUAAUUGUUGGAAAUACUUUUUCAUUAAGAUGUCUCAAAAUAGAGCACAAUUUCAUUCUGUUGGUCAUUCUAAUUUACUUGCCACUGGGCCUGCAAAUAAAUCGACUCCUGCCAUUAGACCUCUGUUCCAAGGGGUAAACGUUUUGGGUGUGAAGAAAAGAGGCCAUGGUAGUCGAUCAUGGACACGGAUUGACAAGGAUGGGACUUCACAGGUUUUGGAGAUUGAUAAGUUUACAUUGAUGAGACGUUGCAAUCUCCCAGCCAGAGACCUUCGACUUUUGGAUCCACUGUUUGUUUAUCCCUCUGCUAUACUGGGCCGAGAGAAGGCAAUUGUAGUUAACCUUGAGCAGAUUCGGUGCAUAAUUACGUCCGAUGAAGUUAUUCUCCUGAAUUCACUGGAUGGUUGUGUGACACAGUACCAGAUGGAACUCUGCAAACGCCUUGCAGUUCGGAAAGAACUCGAUGACUUGCCAUUUGAGUUUAGGGCCUUGGAGGUAGCUCUUGAAUUAACUUGCACAUUUCUAGAUUCUCAGGCAACAGAUCUUGAAAAUGAGGUUUACCCAGUGCUAGACGGCCUUGCCUCAUCAAUUAGCACUCUGAAACUAGAACACGUACGAAGGAUGAAAAGCAAUCUUCUUGCUUUGACUCAGAGAGUACAAAAGAUCCAUGAUGAAAUUGAGCAGCUUAUGAAUGACGAUGGAGACAUGGCUGAGAUGUAUCUUACUGAGAAGAAAGAGCAGAACGAAGCGUACUUCUUAAACAAUCACCAUUUCCUGAGUUGUGCUGCUGGUCCAGGUGUUUUCCAUUCUGCGCCUGUUUCACCUAUUUCUUCUCCUUCUGGGUCACCAAAGCUAGAGAGAGACUCAUACAGCUUUGCAAGUCGAAGUAAACAUGGAAGCUUAAGGAGUUCAGGCACAAACAAUGAGCACAUACAGGAGCUGGAAAUGUUACUUGAGGCAUACUUUGUUGUUAUUGACAAUACCCUUAAUAAAUUAUCUUCGCUUAAAGAAUACAUUGAUGACACAGAAGAUUUUAUCAAUAUCAAAUUGGACAAUGUCAGAAACCAGUUGAUCCAGAUUGAAUUGCUGAUAACAGCGGGAACUUUUGUGAUUGCUAUAUUUGGUGUAGUGACUGGAAUUUUUGGGAUGAACAUUCCAAUCGACUUGUUUAACUAUUCUUCUGCCUUUAAUUGGGUUUUGAUUAUCUCGACUGUUGUGGGUGGACUUAUGUUUUUGUCAUUCUUGUGGUACUUCAAACACAAGAGGUUGAUGUUCAUGUGAGAAAGCAUACAUGUCAGUGGUGGAUUUAGGGGCCAACAUACUUCACGGUUAAAAGUGAACUACGAAGCCUAAAGCUGCUAAUUUUUUUGCUCAUGAAAGUCUGAUGAAUAAUUUGAUAGUUGAAGAAGUCAUACAGCGAAUCCAGAAACUGAAAGCAGAAUACAUCUUUCAGAAAGUGUAGUUUCAGUUUUCUUCUUGAUAAGCAGCUUCUUGGAAUGUGCUUUUGUAGUGCCAAGAGAGCUCCAGCAACUUUAUUCCAAAUAUUGCGGGGCUUUUAUUUUUCUGAAAUGGCCUUCAUGUGUGGUUUCUUUCUCAAGAAGUCAUGUUUGUUAGUGUACUUGAUUUGUUAUGGACUUCUCAUGAGAUAUCUCCCCACAAUGUUCAAUUUAAUUUAUAUGUGGAGCCUUAAGGAAAUCAUGCAGAAGUUUGCUUGAGGAA